CUCUACAUGGGACAGAACUCUAGUAAAGAGCCCAACCCAAGUGUGGUUAAUGCUCCCAUACGAGGGAUAACUCCUUUACAACAUGCACUGUCUAAUCUCAAUUUGGUACCACCUCCGGCCUCACCCCCCACCACAGCCAACCCGAGCCCUAGACAGUGGGUAAAGAUUGGAGGGGUCAGUGUAUCAGUUAUACAAGGACAACUCACUGAUGAACAGGUUGAUGUUUAUGUCAAUGGAGUGCCCUCUAACUUUGACCUGAGUAGAAUUCCUAGUAAGAAAUUAAGGGAUGCUGCUGGAUCUGCUUUGGAAGCUGACUGCAAGAAGGGAUUUCCUAAUGGCCUGAAAAUAGGAGACAUCGCAGACACAGGGGGGUUUAAUUCCAAGUGCCAGAGAGUGUAUCAUGUGACCCUUCCCAGAAGUCAACAGGAUGGCAGUCAAAACAAGACUGUGACAAAAUCGGUAAAGAACUGCCUUGAGAGAGCAAAUAAAAACAGCUUCGGCUCCAUUGCUGUGCCAGAUCUGGGGACAGCCAUAGGAUACCCUGCCAGUAUCCUCGCUGACCUGAUGUUUACUGCAGUGGAGGAAUUCAGUAAAGGGAAAAACAACCCCAAUCUUAGCCAAGUGGUGUUCCCCAUCUUCAAAAAACAAGUUUAUACGGCAUUUGUUAACAAGGCAAAGGAAAUAUCGACUCAAAAUUCAGUUGUAACACAGAAGACUAGCUGUAAGUUAGGAAGAAUAGAGGUCUGUUUGAAGGUUGGAAAACUGACAGAACAACAAGUUGAUGUUAUUGUUUGUAGCGGACCUCAAGAUCUGAAACUGAAAAAUGGAGGAAUGGCAGAGACAAUGCUGAAGGCUGCAGGGCCUGGACUGCAGGAAGAGUGUGAUAAGAAUUAUCCAAAUGGAAUCAAGUAUGGAGACAUUGCAUUCACUGGUGGCCAUAACUUGCCUUGUCAAUUUGUGUACCAUGGAGCUCUUCCUAAGUGGGGUGCGUCCUGUAGCACUACACCAAAACAGAUCUUGAAAGACUUUGUCACCAACUGUCUGGAGGAAGCCAAUAAACAUCCCAUGACAAAGACCCUUGCUUUCCCCACCCUGGGGACUGGGUCUCUAGAAUACCCUCCUGAUGAAGUAGCUGAGGUCAUGGCAGAGUGCAUUGAAGACUUUAACAAAAAAUAUCCAAAUACUGAACUCACCAGAAUCACCAUUGUAGCUUACAAUCUGGACAAAAAAUGGCAAACAGUACAACAGGCAUUUUUUUCUGCUCUACAAAUGACCACUCCCACCCACACUGUGACAUCGCAAGGACCCGUUAUAACUUCAGGUACAGCUUCGAACUUACCUCCAUUGAAUACCAAACCAUACUUUAAAGCUCUCUAUGAUGCAGCACGAGUGCCUCCUUCCUACUGGACAAAAUACACAUCAAACAAAACCCUGGCUGAUUGGAAUACCACUGUCUCACAAAAAGCAUAUGAACUUGUGGAUUUAAACAUCGCCGACCCUCAAAUGUACAGAGCUAUAGAAAGUUUGGCUUUGAAAACAUGGCAAUCACAAUUUGUAGGAAAAGGAAUAGACUCUGCUGGAUUAGAUCAGUUAAACUACACCAAAAUUAAAAUUACCAGCAUAAAACGAUUGGAAAAUCCACAUCUCUUAGAGGAAUAUUGGAAGCACAGAGAAAAGAUCUUUUUAAAAGCAUCGCAAAAAGGUGCGUUGAAAUCACUUCAACAAAUCUCACAAGCCAAGAAUGGUGAAGUGUUGACAACAAAGAUGGCCGAUCUUUCACUGAAGACAGAGAUUUAUCCAGGUAUUAAUGAGCAUUAUCUGUUUCAUGGGACCCAGCCAACAAUCAUUAAGAAUAUCCUGACCCAGGGACUGGAUGGGAGGGUUGCUAAUAAUCCUGUGUUUGGAAAUGGAGUGUACUGUGCAGAGAGUUCUACCAAGUCAGACCAAUAUGCAGAUCCAAAACAGAACAGGGAUUUACAGGAGAAACAGAUGUUGUUAGUUAGAGCUUGUCUAGGAGAGAUAUUUGUCAGGACCGACACUACAACUAAGUACAGCUACACCAGACCUCCCUGCCAGCGCUGCUAUAAGGACAGGUGCACUGAUGCUACCCAUAGUUCUCAAUUCUUUGACUCCAUUGUUGUGGACGGUGGCUGGAACUUCAGAGAGUUUAUUUUAUAUGAUAACAAAGCUUGUUAUCCUGAAUAUUUGAUUUCAUACAAGAGAAUUUAAAUGUAUUGAAACAAUUAACAUUUGAUUUUUAAUUACCAAACAGUUUUAUAAGUAUACAGGGUUAUUUUCG